ACUGUCUUGCUCAGUAUCUACUCUUUGACAGGGUAAUACACGUUACUCGCAAGAACACGGCUCGAUGUGACGUACAGAAUCCAGGCAGCAGGUCAGAGAGUCAGAGGAGUGUCGUCUUGGAAAAUAGGGCAGCGACUUACCGGAGAAAAGUUAUUAGCUUAAGAUAAACAGAUUUUACAAGUUAAAUAGACAUUCGCAAAAUAUUGAUUUCCAGCUAACAUUACGCAACAUAUGAGGUCCAGGAGCAAAAAUGACAUUAACCAGGCUUUUUAACCGUGAACUCUCAGAGAAGUCAUGGCCUCAGCUCUGACAGAACUGGACCUGAGUGGAAACUACAACCUGCCAGAUUCGUUACUGGAGCUUCUUUUUGCUGAACUGCAGAGUCCAGACGGUAAACUGGAGACUCUCAGACUUUCUAACUGUGGACUCUCAGAGAUGCACUGUGAAGUGGUGUCCUCAGCUCUGAAGUCCAACCCCUCCCAUCUGGAACAUCUGGACCUGAGCUUUAACAUUCUGCUGGAUUCAGGAGUCAAAGAUCUUUCUGCUGGACUGCAGAGUCCAAACUGUAAACUGGAGACGCUCAGACUGGAGCGCUGCUGUUUGUCAGAGAUCAGCUGUGAUUCUCUGAGCUCAGCUCUGAAGUCCAACCCCUCCCAUCUGGAACUUCUGGACCUGAGUCAGAACAACCUGCAGGAUUCAGGAGUGAAGCAUCUGUGUGGUUUUCUGGAGAGUCCAGACUGCAUCCUGAAGACUCUGAGACUGUGGCGCUGCUGUUUGUCAGAGAUCAGCUGUGAUUCUCUGGUCUCAGCUCUGAAGUCCAACCCCUCACAUCUGGAACAUCUGGACCUGACAGGAAACUACCUGCAGGAUUCAGAUAUGAAGGAGCUGCUUGAUCUUGUGGAGAGUCCAGACUGCAGCCUGCAGACUCUGAGAUGGAGGUCCACUUUUUAGUCUCAUCAGUCCAUCACACUCCCAGAACUCUCCCAGAUAUGAAGAUCUUGUUGUUCGUGUUCUUCUGGUCUGAACUGAGACAUGAGGGCAGAACUAAAGCCUCAGUUCAGACCAGAAGAACACAAACAACAAGAGGAAGCAGAUGUUUGACAGCAGUCUCUCAGCUCCUCCAGACAGGAUUUGUGCAAAAUGAAGAUCAUCAGGAAACCUUCAGAUGAACUCUGUUUUCGUUGCUCUGUUCAGAUCUUGUUCAGAUGUCGGGCUGUUCCGCUCCUUCUUGAAUCGUUUGUACUUGAAGAUAUUUUAGGUUCUAGGUGGAGCUGUGUUGUGGAGAAACUUCCUCAAAUAGUGCAAAAAUUUUCAAGCCUUCCUAAACGGCGAAAGAGCAAACUAAUCGAGAGUCAGGUGAGUCUGAGGUUUACGGUAAUUCCAGCUCCAUGCAGCAAACAGAGGCUGGUUCAUGAACACAGACUCAGAUUCUGAGAUGAAAACCCAAAUCUUAGACUCUCUGACUGAUAUCUGCCCACUUGGAGUCUCAUUUCCAGUUUCAUUGUUUAUUCAUGUAUUUAUCUUGUGUAAUUCAUUGUGUGUUUUCAUUGGUUCAUUCCCAAUAAACUCCUUCACAGCA